GUCUAGUUGUUGAUGAAUCCGAUGAAAGCAUUCUCACCAACAUCCGUGAGCAUUGGGUCAUGAUCACAUCGCUAACGGUCUCUGCCCAACGAAAUUACAAUACGUAUCAAGCCUGGGAAAAGAGCAGUUCUCGGAACAACAGCGCCGCGAACAUCAAUAAACCCUUUCUCCACUCCGUUCCUCCCUCGGACCCUUUACGGCAAGCUAAUCGUCUUCCCAUCAAGGUUUUGAAAAUGCUUACGGCACGGACCGGGCACAUUUUGCACCCAGAAUACCUGCAGCCCUUGCCGUCUACACCCGUUAGUCCAAUUGAGUUAGAUGCCAAGAAAAGUCCGUUGGCUCUCUUGGCACAAACAUGUUCUCAAAUCGGCAAACCGGAUCCUCCGGCCUCUUCCAAGUUGUCCUCCGUAACCUCAAAUGGAUCUCGCGACAAAGAUUCCAAAGUCGGUUCAUUAAAACUGAGUGACAUCGGAGCUGAAGACAAAUCCAGCUUCAAACCUUAUUCAAAACCGUCAGAGAAGAAGGACUCGUCCUCUGGAGCUUCUACUGAAGAUAAAUCUGGUUUCCGUGUGCCUAGCGCCACCUGCCAGCCGUUUACGCCAAGGACAGGCAGCCCCAAUUCUAGUACCUCGGCAUCUCCAUUGCCAUCGGAGGGCAAACUGGGAGACCGAGAGGAAAAUGAGUCUGAAAGUAAUAAAAACAGUACAACUGAUGGGUCUGGAGCCACUAACAUCAGUCAUAGCAGGAUAAGCGUUAGCGGUGCUGGAAUUAACAUGGAGGUCAACCAACAACAGGAGACCACCUCGGGAUCAAAAGCUGUAACUUCGGACUCGCCCUCUGUGUCCUCGGCUUCGUCAGCGCCAGUGCUCGGGUCAGGACUCGUGGCCCCAAUUUCCCCUUACAAACCUGGUCAGACCGUGUUUCCUCUCUCACCUGCUGGCAUGACGUAUCCUGGGACAUUAGCGGGGGCUUAUGCUGGUUAUCCUCAACAUUUCCUGCCUGCCGGAGGAGGUCUGGUUAAUGCCCAACUUGCAAGUUCACUGGGCUGCAGUAAAUCAGGAACGAGCCCUUUAGCAGGAGCGUCGCCGCCAUCUAUAAUGUCUGCGAGUAUUUGCAGAGACCCAUACUGCCUGAGUUAUCAUUGCGCAAGCCACUUGGCCGGGGCGGCUGGCGCCUCCUGCACGCACGAUUCAGCACCUGCCGCGGCUGCCUCGGCCCUCAAAUCCGGAUAUCCACUCAUGUACCCAACGCACCCGUUACAUGGCGUUCACUCCACGCCGCCAUCUUUAACCGGACACCCUUUGUAUCCUUAUGGCUUCAUGCUGCCGAACGACCCCCUACCACACGUGUGUAACUGGGUGUCGGCCAAUGGACCUUGUGAAAAACGGUUUUCCACGUCCGAAGAACUUCUUAAUCACCUGCGGACGCACACAGCUUUCACUGGAUCCGAAAAAUUGAUAUCAAGUUACCCUAGUUCAUCGUCCUUAGCUAGCGCUGCGGCUGCGGCCAUGGCAUGUCACAUGCACAUGCCACCGGCAGGAGCCCCUGGGAGCCCAGGGACGUUGGGACUUCGGAGCCCGCAUCACGCUUUAGGACUAAGCAGCCGCUACCACCCGUAUUCAAAGAGCGCUUUGCCAACUCCGGGCGCCCCAGUUCCGGUACCUGCAGCGACUGGUCCCUAUUACUCGCCGUAUGCAUUGUACGGGCAAAGACUUACCACAGCGUCAGCGCUUGGAUACCAGUAAAAACAGAAUGACGUUCUCAGAUUUACAAGAGAUAAUAUAAAAGUCUUAUACUUUUAUCUGUCCGCUCAAGGACUUGAUCUAUGGACGUACUGUAUUUAAGUUAGCUUCA